UAGAAGAGAGCCCCACAGUUAAGAUGGCGGCGCUUGCUUAAGGAGGCGGUAGAUUAAGGCUCUCUGUUUUUCUUCAUAUUUUUCCCCCAUUCAUUGUCGACCCUCAUCUCGAAGGUGAACAUACCGAUAACAUCAGUACCCCCUUAUUUUGAUUGUCAUUUUCAAAGAUACACGUCUUGUCUUGGAGUGAGGUUAUGACGUCGAUACACUUUGUGGUUCACCCGUUGCCCGGGACUGAAGACCAGCUCAAUGACAGAUUGCGUGAAGUUUCAGAGAAACUUAAUAAGUACAGCCUCAACAGUCACCCACCACUGAAUGUAUUAGAGCAAGCUGCAAUUAGACAGUGUGUUGUGGGACCAAACCAUGCUGCUUUUCUUCUAGAGGAUGGUCGAAUCUGUAGAAUUGGCUUUAUUGUGCAACCUGAGAGAUUGGAGCUGGGCAAACCAGAUGGAAGUGAUGGAGGCUGUUUUGGAUUCCUGAGGACCAUGGGUAUUAAAAGAAAGAGUUCAAAGUUGAGCAGUGGUUCAGGGACAGGAAGGACUUCCAGGCCAGGCAGGACUAGUGAUCCGCCAUGGUUUUUGUCUGGUUCUGACACACUGGGCAGACUGGCAGGCAACACCCUUGGGAGUCGAUGGAGCUCUAGUGUUAAUGGAAGUGGUGGUGGCGGCUCUUCAGGAAGGUCUUCCACAGCAGCAAGAGACUCAAGGAGACAAACACGAGUUAUCCGUACAGGGCGAGACCGGGGUUCUGGAUUAUUGGGCAGCCAGCCUCAGCCAGUGAUUCCGGCAUCUGUCAUUCCUGAGGAGCUCAUAUCCCAGGCUCAGGUAGUUCUGCAGGGAAAGUCCAGAAGUGUUAUCAUUCGUGAACUACAACGGACAAACCUAGAUGUCAACCUAGCUGUCAAUAACUUGUUGAGUCGUGAUGAUGAAGAUGGGGAUGAUGGGGAUGAUACAGCAAGUGAAUCUUAUUUGCCAGGAGAAGAUCUUAUGUCUCUUUUAGAUGCAGACAUUCACUCUGCACACCCUAGUGUUAUCAUAGACGCCGAUGCCAUGUUUUCUGAAGAUAUUAGUUACUUUGGUUACCCUUCUUUUCGACGUUCUUCCCUUUCAAGGCUUGGAUCUUCUAGAGUUCUCCUUCUUCCCUUAGAGAGAGACUCGGAGCUGUUGCGUGAGCGUGAGUCCGUAUUACGUUUGCGUGAACGAAGGUGGCUUGAUGGAGCCUCUUUUGACGCUGAACGAGGCUCUACAAGCAGAGAAGGAGAACCAAGUCUGGACAAAAAGACGAUACCUGUUCAAAGUCCGGUUUCCCUCACUGAAGAGCUGCAGUGGUGGUCUGAUAAGGAUGGUGCAAAGUUUGUUAGUAUUGGAGCCCUCUACUCAGAACUUGUAGCAGUAAGUAGUAAAGGAGAGCUAUACCAGUGGAAGUGGAAUGAAGCUGAGCCCUAUAGAAAUUCACAGAAUCCUUCAAUUCAUCAUCCAAGAGUCGCUUUUCUUGGGUUAACCAAUGAAAAAAUCACGCUUCUAUCUGCUAAUUGUAUUAGAGCAACUGUUGCCACUGAAAGUAAUAAGGUAGCGACCUGGGUUGAUGAUACUUUGAGCAGUGUAGCUUCCAAACUGGAACAUGGCACUCAAACGUUUUCUGAACUCCAGGGAGAAAGAAUUGUGUCUUUGCACUGCUGUGCCUUGUAUACGUGUGCACAACUGGAGAACAGCCUAUACUGGUGGGGUGUUGUGCCCUUUAGUCAACGGAAAAAGAUGCUUGAAAAGGCGAGAGCAAAGAACAAAAAGGCAAAAUCCAGUGCAGGCAUCUCUUCAAUGCCGAAUAUUACUGUUGGAACGCAGAUAUGUCUUCGAAACAACCCUCUUUACCAUGCUGGAGCAGUUGCAUUUUCUAUCAAUGCUGGAAUUCCUAAAGUAGGAGUAUUAAUGGAAUCUGUAUGGAACAUGAAUGACAGCUGUAGGUUUCAACUCCGGUCACCAGAGAGUUUAAAGAACUUGGAAAAAACCAACAAAACUAUAGAAACCAAAGCUGAAAAUAAACCUGAGUCUGUGAAGACUGAGAUGGGUCCACCUCCUUCUCCAGCUUCUACUUGUAGUGAUACAUCUUCAAUUGCCAGCAGUGCUUCACUGCCAUAUAAACGUCGACGAUCAACACCUGCACCUAAAGAAGAAGAGAAAGUAAAUGAAGAACAGUGGCCUUUAAGAGAAGUUGUGUUUGUUGAAGAUGUGAAGAAUGUACCAGUUGGAAAGGUAUUAAAAGUGGAUGGUGCAUAUGUUGCUGUGAAAUUUCCAGGCACUUCGAGUACAGUUAGCAAUCAGAGCACAGUUGCUUCUGAUUCAGAUCCCUCUUCAUUGCUUCAGGACUGUAGACUUCUGAGAAUUGAUGAACUGCAGGUAGUUAAAACUGGUGGCACUCCUAAAGUUCCUGACUGUUUCCAGAGAACUCCGAAGAAACUGUGCAUCCCAGAAAAAGCUGAGAUACUAGCUGUAAAUGUUGAUUCCAAAGGAGUACAUGCUGUAUUAAAGACUGGCAGUUGGGUGCGUUAUUGCAUUUUUGACCUUGCAUCUGGAAAAGCAGAGCAGGAAAAUAAUUUCCCUACAAGUAGCUUGGCCUUUCUUGGACAAAAUGAGAGAAAUGUGGCAAUCUUCACUGCAGGCCAGGAAUCCCCAAUCAUUUUGAAGGAUGGGAAUGGUACCAUCUACCCAAUGGCAAAAGAUUGCAUGGGUGGUAUUAGAGAUCCUGAUUGGUUGGAUCUUCCACCAAUCUCAAGCCUUGGAAUGGGAGUACACUCUUUAACUAACCUUCCUGCAAAUUCCACCAUGAAGAAGAAAGCAGCAGUUAUUAUUAUGGCUGUGGAAAAACAAACAUUAAUGCAGCAUAUUUUGCGAUGUGACUAUGAAGCAUGUAGACAAUACUUAAUGAAUCUCGAGCAAGCUGUUCUUCUGGAACAAACCCCUCAAGCCUUAAACACAUUGCUUGGUCACAGAUGUGAUGGUAAUCGAAAUAUCCUGCAUGCAUGUGUUUCAGUGUGCUUUCCAACCAGCAAUAAGGAAACAAAGGAAGAGGAAGAAGCUGAGCGUUCAGAGAGAAACACAUUUGCUGAGAGACUGUCAGCGGUUGAGGCUAUAGCAAAUGCAAUUUCUGUUGUGUCAAGUAAUAGUUCUGGCAACCGGACAGGCUCUUCCAGCAGCAGAAGUCUUCGACUACGUGAGAUGAUGAGACGGUCUUUGAGGGCAGCAGGGUUAGGCCGUCAUGAGUCUGGCCCUUCAUCCAGUGACCAUCAAGACCCAGUUUCUCCACCAAUAGCUCCUCCCAGCUGGGUACCCGACCCUCCACCGAUGGAUCCAGAUGGUGAUAUAGAUUUUAUUCUCGCUCCUGCUGUUGGGUCUCUUACUACAGCAUCAACUGGCACUAACCAAGGACCUAGUACAUCAACCAUUCCAGGUCCUUCAUCAGAAAGUUCAGUGGUAGAAUCAAAGGAUCGAAAAGUCAAUGCUCAUUUGAUUCUAAAGCUGAUGUGUGAGAGUGUUGGUCUUCGACCAUAUCUUCGUGAACUGCUUUCUGCCAAAGAUGCAAGAGGAAUGACUCCAUUUAUGCUUGCUGUGAGUGGAAGAGCAUAUCCUGCUGCUAUAACUAUUCUUGAAGCUGCUCAGAAAAUAGCCAAAGGUGACCCCUCCUCUAGUGAAAAAGAGGAUGUGUUAUUCAUGGAGAUGGUAUGUCCAUCUGGAACAAACCCAGAUGAUUCUCCAUUGUAUGUUCUUUGCUGCAAUGAUACAUGCAGUUUUACAUGGACUGGGGCAGAGCACAUUAAUCAGGACAUUUUUGAAUGUCGCACUUGUGGAUUAUUGGAGUCUUUGUGUUGCUGUACUGAAUGUGCCAGGGUUUGUCACAAGGGACAUGACUGCAAAUUAAAGCGAACAUCUCCUACAGCAUACUGUGACUGCUGGGAGAAAUGCAAGUGCAAAACAUUGAUUGCAGGACAGAAAUCUGCACGCCUUGAUUUACUGUACAGAUUGCUUACAACCACCAACCUUGUAACAAUGCCGAACAGCAGGGGAGAACACCUACUUCUAUUUUUAGUGCAAACUGUUGCUCGACAAACUGUGGAGCAUUGCCAGUACCGACCGCCUAGAAUUCGGGAAGACCGUAACCGUAAAACUGCUAAUGCUGAAGACUCGGACAUGCCUGACCAUGAUCUAGAGCCUCCUCGUUUUGCACAGCUUGCUCUUGAACGAGUACUUCAAGAUUGGAAUGCACUAAAAUCUAUGAUCAUGUUUGGUUCCCAGGAAAACAAAGAUCCAUUAAGUGCAAGUAGUAGAAUAGGUCAUCUGCUGCCAGAAGAACAAGUUUACCUGAAUCAGCAAAGCGGAACUAUCAGGCUUGACUGCUUUACACACUGCUUGAUUGUGAAAUGCACGGCAGAUAUUUUGCUUUUAGAUACUCUGUUGGGAACAUUGGUGAAAGAGUUACAAAAUAAAUACACCCCAGGUCGAAGAGAAGAAGCAAUAAAUGUCACAAUGAGGUUCUUGCGCUCAGUUGCUCGAGUCUUUGUUAUUCUUAGUGUUGAAAUGGCUUCUUCAAAGAAGAAAAACACCUUUAUUCCUCAGCCAAUAGGUAAAUGUAAGCGUGUUUUCCAAGCUUUGUUACCCUAUGCUGUUGAAGAGCUCUGUAAUGUGGCAGAGUCCUUGAUUGUACCGGUGCGAAUGGGUAUUGCACGACCAACUGCUCCUUUCACCCUGGCAAGUACGAGCAUCGAUGCAAUGCAAGGCAGCGAAGAAUUGUUCUCUGUUGAGCCACUGCCACCAAGGCCAUCUCCAGACCAGUCAAGCAACACAAGUCAAUCCCAGUCCUCAUAUAUUAUCAGAAAUCCACAACAGAGGCGUAUUAGUCAGUCUCAGCCUGUAAGAGGAAGGGAUGAAGAACAAGACGAUAUUGUUUCUGCUGAUGUUGAAGAGGUGGAGGUGGUUGAAGGGGUAGCUGGGGAAGAGGAUCACCAUGAUGAACAAGAAGAGCAGGGAGAGGAGAAUACGGAAGCAGAGGGUCAACAUGAUGAGCACGAUGAGGAUGGCAGUGACAUGGAGCUGGAUUUGCUUGCAGCAGCAGAGACUGAAAGUGACAGUGAAAGCAACCACAGCAAUCAGGAUAAUGCCAGUGGUCGAAGGAGUGUUGUUACAGCUGCCACUGCAGGCUCUGAAGCAGGCGGUAGGGUCUCCUUGGCAUUUUCUUUGUUUGGUGCCAGCAGUGUUCCUGCAUUCUUUUCAGAGGAUGAUUCCCAGUCCAAUGACUCCAGUGAUUCUGAUAGCAGUAGCAGCCAGAGUGAUGAUGUGGAGAAUGAGACUUUUUUGAUUGAGCCUUUGGAAAGAACUACUAACAGCCCUUAUGCAAACAGUGCGGCUCAAGCACCUCGCUCUAUGCAGUGGGCAGUUCGAAGUACUCAGAACCAGCGAACUACAAGCAAUACACCUUCAAGCACCUCAACCCCUGCUGCCAGUUCCACAGGCUUGAUCUAUAUUGAUCCAUCUAAUCUCCGUCGCAGUGGUGCUAUCAGCACUAGUGCUGCUGCCGCUGCUGCAGCUCUUGAAGCAAGCAAUUCAAGCAGUUACUUGACGUCCGCCAGUAGUCUAGCCAGAGCCUACAGCAUAGUCAUCCGUCAGAUAUCUGAUCUCAUGGGAUUAAUUCCCAAGUAUAAUCAUCUAGUAUACUCCCAGAUCCCUUCAGCUGUCAAACUUACUUAUCAGGAUGCCGUUAACCUACAGAGUUAUGUUGAAGAAAAGCUUAUUCCCACAUGGAACUGGAUGGUCAGUAUCAUGGACUCAACAGAGGCACAGCUGCGUUAUGGUUCUGCAAUCUCAUCAGCAGGAGACCCUGGCCACCCUAGUCACCCCCUUCAUGCUUCCCAGUCCUCUGCGAGAAGAGAAAGGAUGACUGCAAGAGAGGAGGCUAGCUUGAGAACUUUAGAAAGUCGAAGACGUGCUACACUGUUAAGCGCCCGUCAGGGAAUGAUGUCUGCACGUGGGGACUUCUUAAACUAUGCUCUCUCCUUGAUGCGUUCUCAUAAUGAUGAACAUUCAGAUGUUUUACCAGUUUUGGAUGUCUGUUCAUUGAAACAUGUAGCUUAUGUGUUUCAAGCACUUAUUUACUGGAUUAAAGCAAUGAAUCAGCAGACAACGCUGGAUACACCUCAGCUAGAAAGAAAAAGGACCCGAGAGUUAUUGGAACUAGGUUUGGAUAAUGAAGACUCGGAACAUGAAAAUGAUGAUGACACCAAUCAGAGCUCUACACUGAAUGAUAAAGAUGAAGAAAGCAUUCCAGCAGAGUCUGGCCAAAACCACCCUUUCUUUCGCCGCUCAGACUCUAUGACAUUUUUAGGCUGCAUUCCUCCUAAUCCAUUUGAAGUACCUCUGGCAGAAGGGAUACCCUUAGCAGACCAACCUCAUCUAUUACAGCCAAAUGCUAGAAAGGAAGAUCUCUUUGGCCGUCCAAGCCAGGGUCUCUAUUCUUCAUCUUAUAAUACCAGCAAGGGGUUAAUGGAAGUGACAGUAGACAGAAAUUGUCUUGAGGUUCUCCCUACAAAGAUGUCUUAUUCUGCAAAUAUGAAGAAUGUUAUGAGUAUGCAGUCUCGCCAGAAAGUCAGCAGUGAACAGAUGCUUCCUGAGGAAGAAACAGAAAGCACAAAACCUGGGCCCUCUGCUCACGACCUGGCGGCACAGCUAAAGAGUAGUCUUUUGGCUGAAAUUGGCCUUACAGAGAGUGAAGGUCCACCACUUACCUCAUUCAGACCUCAUUGCAGUUUUAUGGGCAUGGUCAUAUCUCAUGACAUGCUGUUAGGAAGAUGGCGUUUGUCAUUAGAAUUAUUUGGUCGUGUCUUUAUGGAGGAUGUUGGGGCAGAACCUGGAUCAAUCUUAACAGAGCUUGGUGGCUUUGAAGUAAAAGAGUCAAAGUUUCGCCGUGAAAUGGAGAAAUUACGAAAUCAGCAAUCAAGAGAUUUGGCACUGGAAGUGGAUCGUGAUAGAGACCUUCUUAUUCAGCAAACAAUGAGACAACUUAACAGUCAUUUUGGACGCAGAUGCACUACCACGCCUAUGGCUGUGCAUAGGGUCAAAGUUACUUUCAAAGAUGAACCUGGUGAAGGUAGUGGGGUGGCUCGGAGUUUCUACACAGCCAUAGCUCAGGCAUUCCUGUCCAAUGAGAAACUUCCGAACCUUGACUGCAUACAGAAUGCUAGCAAAGGAAUGCAGACUAGUAAUCUUAUGCAAAGACUGAGGAACAGAGACAGAGAAAGGGAAAGAAGAAGUGGUGGCUUGAGAGCGGGUUCUAGGAGAGAUCGUGACAGAGAUUCAAGAAGGCAACUUUCCAUUGACACACGGCCAUUUAGGCCAGCAUCUGAGGGCAAUCCCAGUGAUGAUGCUGACCCACUUCCGGCACAUCGACAGGCACUGGGUGAGAGGCUUUAUCCACGAGUACAGGCAAUGCAACCGGCUUUUGCCAGUAAAAUUACCGGAAUGUUGUUAGAAUUGUCUCCAGCACAACUUUUGCUGCUUUUAGCCAGCGAAGAUUCACUCCGUGCACGUGUAGAUGAAGCAAUGGAACUAAUUUUAGCUCAUGGAAGGGAAAAUGGUGCUGAUAGUAUACUAGAUUUAGGACUGCUAGACACCUCUGACAAAUCACAACAAGAAAAUCGAAAGAGGCACGGUUCCAGUCGCAGUGUCGUUGAUAUGGAAUUGGAUGAUGCAGAUGAUGGAGAUGACAAUGCACCACUUUUCUAUCAACCAGGAAAACGAGGCUUUUAUUCACCGAGGCCUGGUAAAAACACAGAGGCCCGACUCAAUUGCUUUCGCAAUAUUGGAAGGAUACUUGGAUUAUGUUUGCUGCAAAAUGAAUUGUGCCCUAUAACAUUAAACAGACAUGUUAUUAAAGUGUUACUAGGCAGAAAGGUUAACUGGCACGAUUUUGCAUUUUUUGAUCCGGUGAUGUAUGAAAGUUUACGACAGCUUAUUCUGGCUUCACAAAGCACAGAUGCUGAAGCAGUAUUUGCAGCGAUGGAUUUGGCAUUUGCAAUUGACCUCUGUAAAGAGGAAGGUGGAGGACAGGUGGAACUCUUGUCAGGUGGCGUAAAUAUACCAGUAACACCUUUGAAUGUAUACGAGUAUGUCAGAAAAUAUGCAGAGCACCGCAUGUUAGUAGUAGCAGAACAGCCACUUCAUGCAAUGAGAAAAGGUCUCCUGGAUGUGCUUCCUAAAAACUCCCUUGAAGAUCUUACAGCAGAAGAUUUUCGGUUGCUGGUGAAUGGCUGUGGUGAAGUCAACGUCCAGAUGUUAAUCAGUUUUACAUCAUUUAAUGAUGAGUCAGGGGAAACUGCUGAAAAGCUCCUGCAGUUCAAAAGAUGGUUUUGGUCAAUUGUUGAGAAGAUGAGCAUCACUGAAAGACAAGACCUGGUCUACUUUUGGACAUCAAGCCCAUCCCUACCAGCUAGCGAGGAGGGUUUUCAGCCCAUGCCAUCAAUCACAAUUCGGCCUCCGGAUGACCAGCACCUGCCAACUGCAAACACUUGCAUAUCUCGAUUAUAUGUGCCACUCUACUCCUCCAAACAGAUUCUUAAACAAAAACUUUUGCUAGCCAUCAAGACCAAGAAUUUUGGCUUUGUAUAAAAAAGAAGAAAAAAAAAGACCUUUGGUGUUGCUACUAGAUCAAAUUUUGUAGAAAUUAUUUUUUAUUUGUCAGUCUUUUUAUGGGACUUGCUGUCACAUGUCUGGCGGUACUUUUUGUGACUAAACACAUUCCUGCACUGGGUUUGUACUCUUGGCUUUACCAGCUUUGACUGUAAGCUCCCUGGCCAGCCUGCAAGCUGUUAGCCUGUCCCCAGCCAAAGAUGACAGCAGCGAUGUGUAAGUUGUUACACUGUGACACACAGCAUUUUUUUUUUUCCUCCGAAAGAAUGGAUUUCUUAAUUUCUGAAACUUCACUGCUGCCUUUAUUACACAUCUUUUUCCCUCUCUUUGUCUUUCCUGCUCUUUGUAAAGGAAGUAGGGAAUUUAAAAAAAAAAAAACUUGAUGCAAAACGUAUUAUGUUUUUCACCCCAGGUUUCAUUGUAAUUUAUUUCAAAAGUAAAUUCUUAAAUCUGCAGUGGUUUUCACAAUGUAUUAUUAAGACAAAUAUGAAGUCAUCUUAUUAAAAAAAAAUUAAAACUGCUUUUCUACCUGAAAACAUUAACCAUUUGUGUGGUACAUUAAUAGCUAAUUUCUAAUUUUGGUCAGACUGUAUACAUUGCUUUCAGCAUUAUUUGUGAAGACUAAUACAAACGUAUAUGAAAGCUGAUGUCCAACGCUUGACAUAUAUAAACGCACACUUUGUAUAUAUUGUAGAUAAUGGAUUAAAAACAAUGGUUACUGGCUCUAACAUCCAGUGUGGAAAAUAAACUUAAUUAUGCAAGUUGUAAUUUGAA